UCGGAAGUGUGUGAUGUUAUUAUCAUGGCCGAUCAGAGCAGUGAUGCUGGUGCAGAUGGAGACCUCUCCUCCGUCAUGGGCUUCUCUGGGUUCGGGAGGAAAGCUCGAACCUUUGACCUUGAGGCCAUGUUUGAGCAGACCAGGCGGACAGCCAUCGAGAGGAGCCAGCGAGUGUUAGAGGAUCGUGAGAAGCAGGAGUUGGAGGAGAGCAGCCAUAAGGAGAAACCGUCCACAUCCAGGAAGCAGCAGCCGGACAGUGAUGACAGCGACUCUGAUGUCAUCGGUCCUCUUCCUCCUCCUGCUCAGGCUGAUGAUGAUGAUGAUGAUGAUGGAGUGGUCGGACCACCACUGCCACCUGGAUUCAUGCGCAGCACGGCUGAUGAUGAGGAUGAUGAUGAUGAUGAGGAAGAUGAUGAUGACGAUAAUCCAGUGAAGAAGAUACCGGAUACUCAUGAGAUCACACUUCAACACGGCACUAAAACCGUUUCAGCUUUGGCUCUGGACCCGUCUGGUGCUCGUCUGGUCACCGGUGGUUAUGACUAUGAUGUGCGCUUUUGGGAUUUCGCCGGGAUGGACGCGAAUCUGCAUGCCUUCCGGUCACUCCAGCCAUGUGAAUGUCAUCAGAUCAAAGCACUGCAGUACAGCAUCACGGGUGACGUCAUUCUGGUUGUGGCAGGAAACUCUCAGGCCAAAGUUCUGGACCGGGACGGUUUCCAGGUUCUUGAGUGCAUUAAAGGAGACCAGUACAUCGUGGACAUGGCCAAUACCAAGGGUCAUACGGCGAUGCUGAACGACGGCUGCUGGCAUCCCAAAAUCAAAGAGGAGUUCCUGACCUGCUCCAAUGACGGGACUGUGCGCACGUGGGACUUGACCUCCGAAAAGAAGCACAAGUCGGUGUUCAAGCCUCGAUCUCAGCAGGGCAAGAGAGUGACUCCCACCUGCUGCACCUACAGCCGAGACGGCAAACUCAUUGCCGCAGGCUGCCAGGACGGGACCAUCCAGAUCUGGGACCGGAACCUGAGCGUCCACACCAAGUUCCACUGCCGGCAGGCUCACGCUCCUGGAUCAGACACGUCCAGCCUCUGCUUCUCCUAUGACGGAGUAACUCUAGCGUCCAGAGGAGGCGAUGACACACUGAAGACAUGGGACAUUCGCAGUUUCAGGCGUCCACUCAAUGUGGCCACCGGCUUGACCUCCUUCUUCCCCAUGACCGACUGCUGCUUCAGUCCGGAUGAUAAGCUGCUGGUGACGGGCACAUCUGUGAGGAAGGAUGAGGGUCAGGGGAAACUUCUGUUCUUCCAGCGCGAGACUCUGCAGAAACUCUAUGAGAUUGAGGUGGCUGAUGCGAGCGUGGUCCGCUGUCUUUGGCAUCCUAAGCUUAAUCAGAUCAUGGUUGGAACGGGAAACGGCCUGGCCAAGGUUUACUACGACCCGGUCAAGAGUCAGAGAGGUGCGAUAUUGUGUGUGGUGAAGAGCAAGAGGAAGGAGAAACACGCAGAGACUCUGACACAGGAUUACAUCAUCACCCCUCACGCUCUGCCCAUGUUUCGUGAGGCCCGGCAGCGCAGCACCAGGAAACAGCUGGAGAAAGACAGACUGGAUCCACUCAAAUCCCACAAACCCGAGCCGCCGGUGUCUGGUCCAGGUCGAGGUGGUCGUGUUGCAGCUCAUGGCGGGACUUUGUCGUCCUUCAUCGUCAAAAACAUCGCCCUGGACAAAACCGACGACAGCAACCCACGAGAGGCCAUCCUGCGUCAUGCCAAAGAGGCAGCAGACAACCCAUACUGGGUCGCCCCGGCCUAUAAAAAGACGCAGCCGAAGCCGUUGUUCGCUGAGGAAGAGGAGGAAGAAGAGGAUGACAAAGACGAGCCAGAAUGGAAGAAGCGCAAGAUCUGAGGAGCUUUUCUGUUCCUGCUUUACUCUGAGUGUGAGUUGUGAAGUAAAACCGACACAGUCACGUCCAUCUGGAUUCUCUCAAACUUUCCCAACCUUUAUUUGGACUCUGUGUGUGGGGAAGGACAUCUUUACGUCUCUAUAAAAGUCUGUAUUGAAGCGGAAGAAAUAGAAGAUAUUGUCGUCAUUUUGCUUAAAGUAAUUCUUAACUGAUUUAGUUCUGCUCGUACUGAUCGUCGUCUGCGUUAUUAUUUUGACUAGUAUUUCAUUAUGCUUUUGGGUAGUAUUCACAUUAAAAAUAAACACCAUAGUAGAGUGCGUGUUUCUCGCUUCAGCAAACACUCUGUACUUGCUAUUAUGGGAUGUAAAGCAGAAAUGUUUUACAUUGACUCAACCUUUAAUAAAUGAUGAGGGAUAUUUGUUA